AGCAGUGAGGUAUUUGCUCCGCACUAAAACGAAAUUCAAACCUCUGCCGAGAUAUUUUCCUUUUGUCCUCACAUCAGGUCUUUUAUCGUUUUCAUUAAUUUAAAAGCUUAAUGGCAUUCAUUUUUUGUGUCAAUUUAGCCACCGAAGUAGUUUCUCGUUGAAUUAAUCUUCUGAAUUCAAUCGGAGUCAACAUAAGCAGCAGUGUUUUCGGUUACUGAUGAGUACUGACCGUUUCAAAGUUCCGACAGACCGCAGGUUUAAAUCUUCGGGGAGCAGGAGCAGCCAACAUGGACACUCGAGACCCAGUAAAGUGUUGGCCGAAAGGAACCAGGCGGUGGUGGCGGUUGGAGCCUGGGUGGAAGUCGGACAGGAUUUCCUGGAGCACCCGGCUACCCUUGCUUUGCUAACUGAGGAGCGACAGGCACAAAAGAGAAGGGAGGAUGAAGACAACCUGAAGCGGUUUCAAGAUGAAGUGCGACGACGAGUCGCACAUCAAGCUCACGUGUGCAAGCGACAACAGCAACCUCACUCGCAUCCCCUGGUAAUACCCCACAGAGGACCUCCACAUCAUCAGAUCCUGACCCAGCAGGUGUGCAAGGAAGAGGAGCAUAUCCACUCAGAACCUGCUACACAACAGAGCAGUUCUCCAGAGUUGAGUAAGCCGCUGAGGCAGGUCAGACUCAGACUGGCUGCCUGUCGGCUGACACAAGGGGAGGAAGUGCUGUCAAAUCUUCCAGGAGGCAGAUGGAGCAUCUCUCCAACCAGACAUCAGACUGCUAAUGCUUGUGUGCGGAGAACAGAGGAGGAACAAGAAACAAGAGAUGUUCCUCUCUUUAGUAGUCAACAUGAAUGUCCCCUUGUUCAGCAGAAGGUCAGCGGACACACCCUGUUGAAUCCGAAUAAUUCACUCUUUGAUCACGGUUCUAAUACGAGCCUAGAAGUCCCAAAGUUUCUCUGGCCAAUGACGGAUGAAGAAAAAGUGAAAAAGCAGCGUCAGUCUCAGUUCCUGAAGCACCGCCGCCUGGUCAUGAACACUGAACGGGAGCAGGUGAAGGAGAACCAACUGCUCAGGAAACAUCUGAAGAGGACUGCAAGGAUCAAAGCAGAGAAAGAAAAGCUUCGUCAGGACGAGGAGAUGAAAUUAGAGAGAGCUCGGACGCUUGUGGAGGCCAGGCAGAGGCUGGAGGAGCGAGAACGGCAGGUUCUGGAGCAGCUAGCACUGGAGGAGGAGGAAGAGAAGGAGAGAGCUCUGCAGCUGCUGAGGAGGAAAAGGGAGGAGAAGGAGAAGAACAAUGACAAGUGGAAAGACUCUGCGAGGUUUGUCGAGGCUCUGAGAGCUCAGAUGAAGGAGCGUUUGUCUCAGAUGAAGCUGGAGCUUCCUACUCUCUGCUGCUGUGCCUCCUCUUUUUGGGAUUCCCACCCCGACACUUGCGCCAACAACUGCAUCUUCCACAACAACCCCAGAGCGUAUGCUAAAGCUCUGCAGUUAGCACUGGUGAAUUUGGACUUACAGUAAUGGAAACUGCAUUUUCUGAAGGAACUGGCGUCCUGCUCUCAUUUUUUGUCAGAUAUUUAAUUAGACUUUAAGUGGUUGCAUCAUUAGAAGACAUGCUGUAGUACUUUUCACACAUAUUUUCUUUAGGGUGAAUUUGGCUGCUUGUAUUUUAUGUCACCAAAUUACCUGGCCAAUUUAACAUUCCCAGUGAUUUUAAUAGCACCCUGAUUGGAUUAAUUAUUAUCCCCAUUACUCUUUGUUAAGGUUCUAAUCCAGCUCAAACGCAACUUUCUAACAAUUUAAGCAAUACUUUUCUGGAUUAGGUAUAAUAAAUAUUUUUCUUUGUUUGCAUUUUGUUAACAUUUUUUCUUACUGUAUUUAUUGCAAACUAUGAAUUCUGUGUAUAUGUGAACAUUGCACAUGUAAUUAUUGACAUAAUUUUACAAAGUCAGUAACCAAUCAGGAAAUAAGUAUCUGUUAAACUUGAAUUUCACUCAUUGUUGUCGGGUGGAUUUUGCAAGAAUUGACUUUCUGCUCUGCUGUUUUUUUAAAGAAGUAUUAAAAAAUAAAAUCUCACGUUUCCCUCACUA